AACCAUUUCUGUUUUUACAGUUGCUAUUCAGUGUUUAGAGCAAGUUUUCAAGGUAGACAGUUAUAACAAUGAUGCUAAACAAGCAGUCAAGGUUAAUAAACCAUUACAAGAAAUAUUUGAUGCUGUAGUGACCAAAACACCUGAGACAACUGGGGGUACAACUGCUAUGCAACCAACUGCAGAAGACAGAGUAAAAGCAGAGGAACUUAAAACUGAAGGUAACCAAUUAAUGAAGCAUGAAAAAUACCAAGAAGCAAUAAGCUGUUAUACUCGAGCAAUUGAAAUGGACAAUACUAAUCCAGUCUAUCCUUGUAACAGAGCUGCUGCAUAUAGUAAAAUAGGUGAAAACAAGAAGGCUGUUGAAGACUGCAAGAGAGCUCUUAAAUUAGAUCCAAAAUAUAGUAAAGCAUAUGGCCGUAUGGGCUUGUCAUAUCAAAGUCUUGGUGACUUUGCAAAUGCUAAGGAGAGUUACAAAAAGGCCAUUGAAAUGGAGCCAGAUAAUGCAUUCUACAAGAACAACCUUCAGCUGGUAGAAGAUAAGUUAUCUCAAGGGCAGAGCUCAGCUGGAGGUUCAAUGGGAGGAGCUGGUAUGGGUACUGCCGCUGGAGGUGUUCCUGGAAGUACUGCCACUGGAGGAAUGCCAAACUUAGGUGGUCUAGACUUUGCUUCUCUACUGUCAAACCCAGCAGUCAUGAACAUGGCACAAUCAUUUAUGCAGAGUCCACAAAUGCAGCAAAUGGUUGCUAGUGUGAUGCAAGGAGGUGCUGGGCCAGGUUUCACAGGACCAGGAGGGGGUGGUAAUAUGAGCAGCCUCUUCCAGGCAGCUCAAAUGUUUGGAGAACAGCUGCAAGAAACCAACGCAGAUCUCAUGACUGACUUACGGACCCAAGCACAGUCUGCUUUUAACACAAAUGGUGAUCCUGAAGAUCCAAAUGCCAAUGACCAAAACAGCCAGCCUGAAGAAAAAGGUGAUGGAAGUGGAAAGGAAUGAAAAAUAGCAAAAAAUUACAAACAAAUAGUUAUCAGUGGUGAAAAUUCAGUAUUUAUGAUAAUAACAAAAUGAUGUAAACUAAAUUCAAGAAAAAAAUAGUGUACUUCCUUGAUCUCAUUGUACUGUAUUCCUUAAUCAUUUUUAUCCAGCUAAGUUGACCUUCAGAAGGAACUCAAGGUCAACUAAUCGGAAUUGAGGAUUCGACAUCUUGUUUUGAUUAGCAUUUUCCAUGAUAAAAUGGAAAGGUUAUUCAUCGUGGAUGUAAAUCAUAGAUUAUACUUAUUAUUCCUUUGUCUCGCAAUUGUAGCAGUGGGGUGGACUGCAACAUUUCGACUGCUGCUGCUAGUAGCUCUUCAUCAGGCGAUGGUGAAGACUGGAAGGUGGUCUACUCAUGUACCGUCAGUCUGGCUGAGACAAAUUGUGAGACAAAUGAAUAAGUAUAAUCUUUGAUUUACCAUGAUUCUGCUAAGAGAACCCAUGAAAUAUGAAUUCCUCAUUCUUUAAAUUGAUUGUAAAUGCUAGUCAAACUAAUGGCGGAAUUCCAUAAUUUUCAAUCAACAAGUAGAGAAAUCUACAUUGUACUCAGUCCCUGCUAUGAAAAUGCUAACCAAAAUAGUUGAAUUCAUUGUAAUGCCUUUAUAAGAACAUGGUCAACUCAACUGGAUGUUAAUAUUGUGAAAACUACUUUUAAUUAACAGUUAGCAUCAUUAAAAUGCCAUUCAAUUUGAAAAUUAUUUGCAACAGUGCAAAAAAGCUUGGUAUAGGCUGGUUUUCACUGGGGAUGGAAUAAGUUUUGUAAUCUGAGUUGGAAGCAACUUGUGAUGAAGUGGAAGCCAUGUUGUCGUAAUCCUGAGGCAGAAGGGCAAUAAAAAUGAAGGGAUCUAAA